ACCUGUGCAUGCUCUGCAACUGUCUUUGCGCCGCAUCAACUGCAGUGUUAUUUCACUGCAUUCAUUCAUUGACAUCCUACCUUAAACCUAUUUCUCCUCCAGUGUAACCGUGCCAAUCUACGGUUGCAUCUAUCCAAGUGUCCCGACCUACGAGACUUGAUCCAGUCCUCCUCCAGUCAACUUCCCGUCAGCGUCCUACCUUGAUAGCCUCGUUUUCUCUGCCUCCCCUCCUCUGUCCUACGACCACCUACGCUCCUUUCCGCUUUAUUAACCAAUCCCCUACGGCUCUGCUGGAUGCAGAGAGUCGCCUGCCUGGGAUCGAGACACCACUCAUUGACGUGCAUCUCCCGAACCGCAACCAAAGCACCAGCAAGCCUUGCUGCGAACAUUCUUCUACAUCCUAGGCAUUCCUCUGCAAGCACAAAGAGCCGACCAUCGUUGAACUUCUCUUCCAUCAUCAAAACCACCCACUCGUCUAGAAUGUCUACUGGAAUUGGUACCAAUGGCUCUUUGCGCGCAAAACGAAAGCAGCACCCUGGUACUAUCGCCGAGAGACCGCAGAAACAGCAUCGGGCAAUAAAUGGCAAGGAGUCAGCGGGGGAGAAUACACCAGAGGUCUACGAAGACGAGACCAUGGAGAUAGAGGAGACAAGAAUCCUUCCUGGCUUGGCCGACACAGCAGAAUGGCAAGCCUGUGUGGAGAAGGUUGUGAGGAACGUAGUGUCGAUACGUUUCUGUCAAACAUGUUCCUUUGACACGGACCCAGCCCUCACCAGUGAAGCUACGGGAUUCGUUGUCGAUGCAGAGAGAGGCUAUAUUAUGACAAAUCGGCAUGUCGUUGGAGCUGGACCUUUCUGGGGAUAUUGUAUCUUCGACAACCAUGAAGAAGUUGACGCCUACCCUGUGUACCGCGACCCCGUUCACGACUUCGGUAUUCUACGAUUCGAUCCGAAAGCCAUUAAAUAUAUGCCUGUUGCCGCCUUGACCUUGCGACCAGACCUUGCGAAAGUUGGAUCCGAGAUCCGAGUCGUGGGUAAUGAUGCCGGAGAGAAAUUGAGUAUCCUGUCAGGAGUCAUCAGUCGGUUGGACCGAAAUGCGCCCGAGUACGGCGACGGAUACUGCGACUUCAACACAAAUUAUAUCCAGGCUGCCGCUGCUGCAAGCGGGGGAAGUUCUGGAAGUCCCGUUGUCAACAUUGAUGGGUAUGCUGUGGCCUUACAAGCUGGUGGAAGAAGUGAUGGUGCAGCUACUGAUUAUUUUCUGCCCUUGGAUCGACCAUUAAGAGCGUUGAAAUGUAUCCAGGAAGGAAAGCCGAUUUCCAGAGGAACAAUACAGUGUCAGUGGAUGAUCAAGCCAUUUGAUGAAUGCCGAAGACUAGGGUUAUCGCCUGAGUGGGAGAGCGCAAUUCGAAAGGGCUUCCCCAAAGAGACCGGAUUGCUGGUGGCUGAGAUCGUCCUACCAGAAGGACCCUCUGACCACAAGAUUGAGGAGGGCGACGUUCUGAUCAAGGUCAAUGGCGAAUUGCUCACCCAAUUCAUUAGACUGGACGAUAUCUUGGACUCGAGUGUCGAUCAAAAGGUCAAAUUGCUUCUACAAAGGGGCGGUGAAGACGUCGAGGUAGAGGUCACAGUUGGCGAUUUACAUGCUAUCACCCCUGAUCGAUUUGUCUCUGUCGCAGGAGCCAGCUUCCACAAUCUGUCCUACCAACAGGCACGACUCUAUGCCGUUGCUUGUAAAGGCGUAUUUGUUUGUGAAGCAACUGGAUCAUUUAGGUUCGAGAGCACCGACAACGGAUGGAUCAUACAAACUGUCGACCACAAGAAGACCCCUGAUCUGGAUUCAUUUAUCGAGGUCAUGAAGGGCAUUCCGGAUCGGUCACGAGUAGUUGUCACCUACAAGCACCUUCGAGAUCUCCACACACUGAACACCAGCAUCCUUCACAUCGAUCGACAUUGGUCUAGCAAAAUGAGAAUGGCCGUCAGGAAUGAUGAGACCGGACUCUGGGACUUCACCGAUCUCGCCGAUGCCCUCCCUCGAAUCCCUCCCGUCCCUCGAUCUGCUAGUUUCAUUCAGCUGGAAAAUCCACAACAUCCUGCAGCUGCAGAAAUUGUUCGCAGCUUUGUCCGAGUCCUGUGUACUAUGCCUGUGAAGUUGGAUGGCUUCCCACGGAAUAGGAAAUGGGGCAUGGGUGUCGUGAUUGAUGCAGAGAAGGGUUUGGUUGUCAUAUCUAGAGCCAUUGUACCUUAUGAUCUCUGUGAUAUCUCCAUUACCAUUGCAGAUUCAAUCAUUGUCGAAGGCAAGGUUGUGUUCAUGCACCCUCUCCAGAAUUACGCAAUCAUCAAGUAUGACCCUUCACUCGUGGAUGCCCCUGUUCAAAGUGCAAAGUUGAGCACCAAACAAGUCACUCAAGGUGCAUCGACUUAUUUCGUCGGCUUCAACCAGAAUAUGCGCAUCGUCAUUGCCCAAACUACCAUCACCGAUAUCACCGCCGUUGCGAUCCCUGCGAACGCCUCAGCACCCAGAUACCGAGCCGUCAACGUUGAUGCUAUCACUGUUGAUACAAGCUUGAGUGGCCAAUGCGGAAGUGGUGUACUUGUUGGCGAGGAUGGAACAGUUCAAGCUCUCUGGCUCACUUACCUCGGCGAGAGAUCACCGGUUACCUCCAAGGACACUGACUAUCAUCUCGGCUUGGCCACACCCACUCUCCUCCCUGUUAUCAAGCAGAUUCAGCGUGGCGAGCACCCAAAACUGCGCAUGCUUAGCGUCGAGUUCAAUGCUAUCCAGAUGAGUCAGGCUCGCAUCAUGGGUGUCUCGGAGGAAUGGAUCAAGAAGGUGUCCGAUGACAACUCGUCCCGUCAUCAACUCUUCAUGAUUCGGAAACGAACUUUCGAGAGAGGAGACGAAACUGCAGCCCUGCUUGAAGGAGACGUCGUCUUGACCCUCAAUGGAAAAAUCAUUACCCGAGUUUCGGAGUUAGAUGUUAUGUACGACCACGAGUAUCUGGAUGCAGUGAUUGUCCGUGACUGCGUUGAGAUGAAGAUCAAGGUACAUACCGUGUCUGCUGAUGAUCUUGAGACCGACCGGGCCGUCAGCUUCUGCGGAGCCAUUCUACACAAGCCUCAUCAUGCCGUUCGUCAACAGAUCAGUAAGCUGCACAGCGAGGUGUACGUAUCAGCACGUACAAGAGGAAGUCCCUCGUGGCAAUACGGCCUUGCACCAACGAAUUUUGUCACCCAUGUCAACGGCAAAGAAACUGGAGACCUGCAGUCUUUCUUGGAGGCUGUCAUUGACAUUCCAGAUAACACAUACUUUCGCCUCAAGCUAAUGACAUUCGACAACGUGCCGUGGGUCAUCACAAUGAAGAAGAACGACCACUACUUCCCGACCACGGAAUGGGUCAAGGAUGCGAACGAGCCUAGUGGCUGGAAGAGAGUAACGUACGAGCAAGGGAAGAUUAUCCAGGGAGAAGGUCAGGAUGGCAUUAAUGUUGUGGCCGGGGAUAACUUUGAGAUGGAGGCUGAUGGUGGAGGAGAAUUAGGAGGGCUUUGAACGUCUACUGUCUGUCUGGCAAUUGGGGACAUUAGAGGUGGCGUUGACUACGUAAAUGGAUACCCUGUUUGACCGAGAUCUGUUCUCAUGUGAGUGAGUUCGAGACGUAACGGAGUGUUGGAAGAGAGGUAAUCGUUAAUUGGAUGUAGCCGCAUGGUCGAGUUUGCAGCGUUGUGCGUUUCAUGCAACCCCUUCUGACAAUCACGAAAACCUUGCACAUUGCUUCACA